AUGGAAAAUUUUAUUUCUCAAUUUCUUUAUUUGCAUGGUAAAAAACUUAUUCGAUUAAAAUCUUUAACAAUUGAAGCAUAUGAACGAGAAAUAUUGCCUAGUUGUAUAGAUUUUUUAAAACAUCAUUCAAUUGAAUGUCUUGCUUUGACAUGUAUACCAAAUCAAGUAUUACUUGAAGCUAUACGUUCUUCGCCUGUACUUUACAAAUGUCGGUUAUACUUUUGCCGAUCAACAGCAAGUAUCAAUGAAUGCUUGAAAAUAAAUAGUAAUAUUGAAAUACUUUAUAUUAAAUUCAAAGAUAAUUCAAAUCAGUCGAUAAUAAAUCUACUUUUAUCUCAUGUGCCAAAAUUAAAAAGACUUGAAAUUGAAGAUAAUCAAGUUCAGUAUUAUUUAGAUACAUUUUUAGACAAAUCAUUUUCUUCCUUUUUCAAAAUUUAA